UCCUCUCCAACCUUAGCCCAUCUCCUCCGCCUUCUUCUCUUUCUGAUCAAAACCCACCAAGCCAAAAACAUAAAAAUCUCCCCCAAAAAAGAAAAAAAGGAUGGCAGUCUUAUCUUUCUUUACAUUCUUCACUUUGAUCAUCUUCCUCCACGCAGCCACAGUUUCUGCUCAGUCUCCAGCAGCAGCUCCUGCACCAUCAGCAACCAAUGUGACUGCUGUUCUUGAGAAGGCUGGUCAAUUCACCACCUUGAUUAAGCUACUUAAAAGCACCAGGAUGGCUGACCAAAUCGACACACAGCUCAGCACCUCAAACCAGGGCAUCACCCUCUUUGCACCAACUGAUAAUGCCUUUUCCAGCCUCAAAUCUGGCACGCUAAACUCCAUUUCAGAACAGCAAAAGCUGGCGCUUAUGCAAUUUCACGUCCUGCCGAAUUUCUAUUCGGUCUCACAGUUUCAAACUGUCUCCAACCCUUUGCAUACACAAGCUGGAAAUAGCAAUGAUGGCCAGUUCCCAUUAAAUGUGACCACAGCAGGGAACCAAGUGAACAUAACAACAGGGGUUGUCAAUGCAACUGUGGCUAAUACCAUAUUUACUGACAAUCAGCUAGCUGUGUAUGAGGUGGACCAGGUGCUCCUUCCUUUGAACAUUUUUGGCCCAGCAGCACCGGCUCCUGCGCCAUCUGCACCCAAAAAAAGUGUCAAAGGUGCUGAUGCCCCUUCAGGGUCAUCGGACACCGGCAGUACCCCGGAUGCAUCUGCUGCAAUGGGGCUGAAACACCAUGGAAUGGUAGCAGUAUCCAAUGGGGUAGCAGCAAUUCUUGCAGCAGUUUUCUUGUGAUGUUGAGAUGUUGAGUUGAAUUGCUGUGGUCAUCUGAACUUUUGUUUGGUUUUGUUUUGUUUUGUUUUGUUUUCUGUAUUUCUGCUAAGAAUUUUGUACAACUGUUAUGAUUUGAAAUUAAAUUGGACAUUGUUCUUUUGAAUAAACUCCUCCUCUCAA